CAUUUUGAGGUUAUGCUGUGUUGUAUUGCUGUCACCUUUUCAUUCUCUUGACUGGCACAGUAUAAAUGUAAAAUUUUGGAUAUUGGAGCAAAUAAUUACACAGCACAAUGAGUUACUCCAAGUUUGAUCUUACGUUUAAGAUCGGUCAAUAUUUAGACCGGCAUCUUGUGUUUCCUUUGCUGGAAUUUUUAGCAGCAAAAGAGACAUAUGACCAGUCAGAGUUGCUUCAAGCAAAAUUGGAAAUUUUGAGCAAAACUAACAUGAUAGAUUAUGUUAUUGAAAUAAGGAGAAUGCUCUACCCUGAUGAAGACACACCUGAAGCACAGGAAAUAAAGGAGAGGAGGGGUGUUGUCCUUUCGCAACUGCAAGAACUCCAGGAUGCCGUGGAGCCGGUACUCCGGCUGAUGCAAAGAGAUGACGUCAUGAAGACUGUAGAGACCAUGAGGGACCCCAAGACUCUCAUUAACUAUCUCACCACCAAUAAGGAGUUUGAGUUUAAAAUUGAAAUGAUAGACAGCAUGUAUCGUUUGGCCAAAUACCGGUAUGAGUGUGGUAACUACGUGGAGUCUGCAUCCUACCUCUACUUCUGUCAGCUUGUCAUGUCUCCUACUGAUAAGAACUACCUCUCAGUGCUGUGGGGUAAGUUGGCAAGUGAGAUCCUAGUGCAGAACUGGGAUGGAGCUUUAGAUGACUUGACCAAACUGCGUGAGUUCAUCGACAACGGCGGCGCGGGUGCCACCGCCAGCAACAUGCAGGCGCUCCAGCAACGCACGUGGCUGGUGCACUGGUCGCUCUUCGUGUUCUUCAACCACGUUAAGGGGCGCGACCUCAUCAUUGAAAUGUUCCUGUACAAGCCUUUGUACUUGAACGCAAUCCAGACGAUGUGCCCGCACAUUCUUCGGUACCUGGCCACUGCCGUCAUCAUCAACCGGUCGCGCAGGAACGCUCUUAAAGACCUUGUCAAAAUCAUCCAACAGGAAGCUUACACUUACAGAGACCCUAUAACGGAGUUCAUCGAGCACCUGUACGUGAACUUCGACUUCGAGGCGGCGCGGCGCAAGCUGAACCAAUGUCAGGCGGUGCUGGUGACAGACUUUUUCCUCAUCGCUUGUCUCGAGGAGUUUGUCGAGAACGCACGCCUUAUGAUCUUCGAAACCUUCUGCCGCAUCCACCAGGUCAUCAGUAUAGGAAUGUUGGCUGAAAACCUGAACAUGCAGCCUGAUGAGGCCGAAUGCUGGAUUGUGAACCUUAUUCGUAACGCGCGGCUGGAUGCCAAGAUCGACUCCAAGUUAGGCCACGUGGUGAUGGGCGCGCAGCCUCUCUCGCCGUAUCAACAGCUUGUGGAGAGGAUCGACUCGCUGGCUGUCCGCUCUGAAGCACUCACGUCAUUGGUGGAACGUAAACAGAAGGCCCGUAAUCAAGAUAUCCGUUGGGGAACACAAGAAUUUUAAGUAAUUAUUUCAGUAAGGAAUUUAACUACAACUGCAAUUGGUCGCAAGAGAUUGUAUUGUAUCUUCGGUUUUGUAAAUGAAACCAUUUGUAUUAAAUAUACCUAUUAAA